UUUCUUCUGCCUUCCCAGCCCCCGACAGGCGACUUCAGGAAUUUUGUUUUCCUAUCGCUCACACUCACUUCUUUUGCCAUUGGAUUAGGUGGAAUUCCCCUACUAACGAGUGCUUCAGUUGCAGCCUCCUGGUGAUUCGCACUCCGCUACGCAACCUGUGACGCAAGAACAAUCUUCAUCCACCGUCUCUCGGACGCAUCCACCUGCGCAACACACCGAAGAAACCGAACCCUCCGUGAAGAAGGAGACACCCAGAGACGAGAAACCUUCCAUUCCCAAACGCAAAAUGACGGAUCGCGCCUCCGUUUCGCCCGAGCGAUCGGCCGCCUCGCCUCGCCCCGAGCACGACUCUCCCGCAGACAAGAAGCGAAAGAUGACCGAAGACGAGCCCAAGCCCGCCGGCGCCCCCGAUCGCCCGAUCUCCAAACGCAAGCGCAUGGAAGAGCGACACCAGAAACUGCGCAAACGCGGCAGAACUCCCCCAUCGGCGUACUCUCGCCGGGACGCGGCAGAGGCUGUGUCGGCACCGGCUCGCCAUGACCGAUCCAUCUCACCUCUGGCGCCUCGUCGAUCCCCGACGCCUGAGGAGCCACCGCGCCAGCGCAAGCGGCCCGGCGGCGGCGCCCGCAUGGGACUGGUGGAUCGGGAAACGCUCCGUCGGAGACAGGAAGAACGAGAACGGGCGCAAGAGGACGACGCCAUCCGGAAUUCUCAGACCCGGGGCGUCACCGACAUCGUGCGGCAGCAUUACAACGCUGUGCCGCAGCGGGGUCGGGAAUGGCGAAAGACCGAGAGUAAGAUCAAAGGUCUGCGCACGUUCAACAACUGGAUCAAGAGCACCCUCAUCCAGAAGUUCUCCCCGGACGAGGAGUUCGUGUCCCGCUCGAUCGGCACCAAGGACUGGGCCGAAGACACGGCGCCUCCGCCCGUGGAGGAACGCCGCCUGCUCGUCCUGGACCUGGGCUGCGGCAAGGGCGGCGAUCUGGGCAAGUGGCAGCUCGCGCCGCAGACGGUCGAUCUCUACGUCGGGCUGGAUCCCGCCGAGAUCUCCACGGUGCAGGCGCGCGAGCGGUACAACCAGAUGCGAUCGGGUCGCGGCUCGCGCGGCCGCCGCGGUCCGCUCUUCCACGGCGAGUUCGUCCCCAAGGACUGCUUCGGCGAGUGGCUAGGCGACGUCCCCAUCAUCCAACAGGUCGGGAUCGACCCGAACGCCGGGCCCGGCGGAUCGGCGAUGGCCGCGCGCUGGAGCGGCGGCGGUGGGUUUGACGUGGUGGCGUCCAUGUUCGCCAUCCACUACGCCUUUGAAAGCGAGGAGAAAGCGCGACAGAUGCUGCGGAACGUGGCCGGGUCUCUGCGCAAGGGCGGUCGGUUCCUCGGCGUGUGCCCGAACUCCGACAUCAUCAGCGCCCAGGUGGCCGAGUUCAACGCGAAGAAGAAAGCGCGCGAGGGCGCCGCCAAGAAGGAGCAGGCCGAGCCGGAAGACGGCGAGGUCGAAGAGGAAGCCAAGGUGGAGUGGGGGAAUUCUAUCUACCGCGUGCGAUUCCCCGGCGAGACCCCUGAGGAUGGAGUGUUCCGGCCGCCGUUUGGAUGGCGAUACAGCUAUUUCAUGCAGGAAGCGGUGGAGGAGAUUCCGGAGUAUGUGGUGCCUUGGGAGGCAUUCCGAGCACUGACGGAGGACUACAACCUCGAACUUCAAUAUCGCAAGCCCUUCAUGGAGGUCUGGCGCGACGAGAAGGACGAUGCGGAACUGGGCCCUCUGAGUGAACGCAUGGGAGUGCGAGACCGCAACACCGGGGCUCUUCUGAUGACGGAGGAGGAGAAGGAAGCAGCCAGUUUCUAUCAUGCAUUCUGCUUCUACAAGGUGUGAUAAGGUUGGAUAUUCUUGCUCCAACUUGUUCUUUUCAUCACUAUCAUUCGUGCUAUUCUUCUGAUUCAUUGAUGUAUUAUUGCAUUCGCUUCUCGGGCUUCAUGUAAACUACCUGAUUUAGGGAUCCACUAUCCUUCUC